UGUCUUGGGUUCACCUAAAUCUGUCACAGAGUACAUUUAAAUCAUGUUCUUCUACUUCAAUUAGAAGCUAAUGAAAAAAAACAUCGGUCCGUGAACACAACGCCACGUCGUGAGGUUCAAAGGUCAAAAGUAAACACUGGUACGUGAGCCCAGGCGGCCAUACCGGCGAGAACCGACCUCCAGUCGGUGGUUGUUCCGAAACGACAAUUCCAUGGAACUAACAGUAACUAGCGGCUGUGAAAGAGGACCGUUACUUUUAGCCCCGCCCCUCUGACUCUGUGGUAUAACCGAUCAACUUCCCGCAGAAGCUUCUCCACUCUGUCAGCGGCGGGAAGCGACGCUGCUGUGGGCUGCGGAGAGCACGGUUUCUCUCCGCUCCUCUUUCUCCCCCCACCCAAGAAGACAGCACAGGGGAGCAGGUGCGUGAAGGACGACGCAGUACCGACCCGGUGCGGUAGGAGAGGGUCUGGCAGAGAAGAUGUCGAGCGGCGGAUGGAGGUGGACGGUGGUGGUUCUGACCUGCCAGCACAAAGACAGCGUCUACGCCUUCCAGAGAGAGCUGGAGCUGCGGCAGCAGUGUGGCUUCAUCUCUGAAGAUGCCUUGCUCCUGACUGUUCAGGACCGUCGUCAGCCCGUGGGCAGCGGAGGGGCCACGCUGAACGCCCUGCUGGUCGCUGCUGAACACCUGAGUCACAGAGCAGGACACACAGUGGUGACGGCCGACGUCCUGAACGGCGCUCACAUCCUGAUCCUCCACACAGGACGAGAUUUUCCAUGGAGCUCCUGCAGCAGAGCGUUCUGCUGGCUGCCCCGAGAGAAACCGGAUCAGAAGGUCCAGGCUCCGGUCUGCUGCCUGGAUCUGCUUCUGGACUGUCUCAGUACCAAGAUCUGUCCUGGUUCUCCUCCUGGUGUUUGGGUCUGCAGUACUGACAUGAUCCUCACUGUCCCUCCUGACUUUGCUCUCUCCUGGGAAAGUUUCUCUGGUGUUCGUGUGCUGUCAGUACCAGGUGACGUGUCCUAUGCAGCCAACCAUGGAGUCUACCUGUGUGACCAGCAGGGUCAGGUCAGGGACAUUAUCUACAAGGGAACCAAUGAGCAGAUUCAACAGGCACUCAUGCCUGAUGGGAAAGUACCGCUGGUUUCUGGUCCAGUUUUCUUCAGCAGCUCUGUGUCAGAGAAGCUGCUGCAGACCCACGUCACUCCACCUCUGGACGGCUGCACCUACCUGGGCCUGGACUCUGGAGCUCCGCCCCUGCAGAUUUCUCUCUUCCUGGACAUGCUGAAGUGUCUCUGCUCAGAUCUGACUCAAGACCAGUUUGUGACUGAGGAGAGAGCCGGCUGCAGUUCCACUGUGGGGCCACAGGGGGUGAUGGUGAGAGGAGGCAGGACAGAACUGUGGAGAAUUCUCAGAGGAACUCCACUCAUGCUGGAUUAUGUGUGUGGGGGGCAUUACGACUACCUGACUCAGUCUGGGAAGCAGCACGUGGAGAGGCUGAGCUGUGAUUGGUCGGACAGGAACACGCUGUCUCACGCCCAGGUGGAGCACAAGGUCGGACCCAGAGCUCGGCUCAUUAACAGCGUUCUGGAAGGAGACGUCACAGUAGCAAGUGGAGCAGUAGUUCAACACUGCCACCUACAGGGUCCUCUGGUGGUACCCCCGGGGUGUCUCCUGUCAGGACUGGACCUGUCAGCGUCCCAGUCAGUCAGGCAGCUGCAGCUGACCGAUGACAUCAUCAUCCAGGGACACCGCAUCCAGUUGGGGAAGCUGAAGUUGAACGUCUUCACAGUGAUGGGAGCACUGGACGAUUUGGAGGCCUCCUCCGAUGACGGCAGCGCCUCCUUCCUGAACCAGAGCUGGAGUCAGUUCUACAGCAGGACAGGGAUUCAGCCUGAGGAACUGUGGUUCAGAGGGAAGCAGCGCUCCCUGCUGGAAGCUCACCUCUUUCCAGUUCUCCACCCUAGAGAAGGUGCGGUGGACUUUAGGAAAGGUGUAGCCUGGCUCCUGGGAGGAGGCGACAGCAGCCUGCAGAGUUGGAGGGAGGCGUGGAGGCUCUCGUUGAAGGAGGUGCUGUCUCUCACUCACCAGGAGUCAGAACUGCGGUGGAGGGAGGACCUGCUGCUCCUGGCAGGGAGACGCAGAGUGAUGGACACACUGACUAGCUGUUCUGACGUUUGCCUGCUGCCCUACUUCAGAGCGGCAGUGCUGAGCGGCCAGCAGGAGGCGCUGCUACAAACACUGGACGACAUUGCAGCAGGGAACAUAGAGCAGGGGGCGGGGCCUGGAGCAGAGAUGGGCGUGGCCGCUCGCUGUCUCUCCUGUAUUGCUGAUGUGUUGGUUUACAUGGCUGGCAGGCGGGGGGGACUGAGGAGCGGACCUGCUGCGAACCGGGCCUGGAUCAGAGCCUACUCCCUGCUGGAGGCAGGAGACCUGAAAGGCGGAGUCACGGCCCUGGCAGUGCAGAGAGCUGAUUGGCUCAGCAGUGAGAGAUGUUGUUUCUUACUGUGUGGUUCCUGGGGGACAAUGACCUCUGACCUUUGCUGCACUCACAGGCCUGACCUGCUGGUACGAGCAGCACGGCACUACGAAGGCGCCGGGCAGGUGCUGUUACGACAGGCAGUGAUGUCAUCACAGAGGUUCAUCUCUAUUGGCCAGGGUGACCUCCCCCCUCUGAGUCAGUGGCAGGAAGUGGAGUGUCCAGCUCGACUGGACCUGGCAGGAGGUUGGAGCGAUACCCCGCCUAUCGCCUUUGAGCACGGUGGCUCCGUCACCAACGUUGCUGUGAAGGUGGACGGAAAACGUCCAAUUGGAGCCAAAGCCCGACGCAUCCCAGAACCACGCCUCGUUCUGGUCAGCUACAGCGGGGGACACAGAAGUGGAGUGUACACAGAGACGGUGUGUGAGAGUCUGGACGACCUGAAGGACCACUGUCAGCCCCACGCCCCAGGAGCUCUGCUGAAGGCCGUGUGUGUGUGCAGCGGUCUGGUGUCACUCACCUCCCAGCAUUCUCUGGUUGAUCAGCUGAUGCAGAGGUGGGGAGGAGGGGUGGAGCUCCACAGCUGGUCCACGCUGCCCACAGGAUCUGGACUAGGUACCAGCAGUAUCCUGGCGGGGGCGCUGUUGGCUGCAGUCUACAGAUGUACUGGUCAAAGUUAUGACAAUGAUUCACUCAUCCACGGCAUCCUGUACCUGGAGCAGAUCCUGACCACAGGUGGGGGCUGGCAGGAUCAGGUGGGAGGAUUGGUGGGGGGAGUGAAGGUGGGUCGUUCCAGAACCUCUCUGCCCCUCAGAGUUGAAGUGGAACGUCUCUGUCCUCCCCAGGACUUCCUGGUGUCUCUGGAGCAGCACCUCCUGCUGGUAUACACGGGGAAAACCCGUCUGGCUCGGAACCUGCUGCAGGAUGUGGUCCGGAGCUGGUACAGUCGUCUCCCUCUGAUGGUCCAGAACGCCCAGGAGCUGGUGGCCAACUCAGAAGAAUGUUCCAGAGCCUGUUCAGAAGGCUCUCUGUCCAGACUGGGUCAGUGCCUGGAUCGGUCCUGGCAGCAGAAGAAGUUGAUGGCUCCGGGCUGUGAACCGGCGUCAGUGAGGACCAUGAUGGAGGCUCUAAGGCCUCUGGUCCUGGGUCAGAGUCUGGCUGGAGCUGGAGGGGGGGGGUUCCUGUACCUGCUGACCAGAGAGCCGCAGCAGAGACAGGCUGUACAGCAGCUCCUCGAGGACACAGAGGGUCUGGGAGACUUCAGUGUCCACACGGUGGAGCUGGACAUGGACGGGAUCACAGUACUGCCACCAUCCUGAGGACAUGCACACACACACUCAGGCUCACCAGGAAUUCUUGUACAUUUUCUCUUCUGAAUAUUUUUAUUUUUGUUAACUUUGUAUUUUCAGUCAUAUUUAACCUGCGCUGCUGCUGUUUUAACCAGAACUGUUUCUAAUGAAACAUUUUAAACUUACAUAAACAAAAUCAGUUUGAAUUUAAAGCACUGUCACAUUUUAAUAAACAAACUUUUUCAACUG